CCGGCGCCAACAAUUCUGGCGCGCUGGUUCCCAGGCCCCCCCUGGCUCCGGACCGCGGUUCCUCGGGUUCCGCCCGGUUCCCUCUCGGGACCCUCGGGAUAUCCUCGUGAGAGCGGCCCGCGUGGGUGACGGCUACCCGGCGGGCGUGCAGUGGGCCUCCUCGGGAGCGGGGCCGCGCCCGCGCAGCCAGAGGAUUGAUUGACAAUGGAAGUCACGGGUCGUGCGUGAGACCAUUGUGCGGCGUUCUAUCUGACCGGCUCUACUAACCCCAAGGACGGAAAAGGCGAUUUAGCAAUCGAAUGACUGCAGCUGCACCGAACCAGCGAAGAUGUGCUUAAUCCCUGGCCCUCAUGGUCCGCAGGAGGCAUUGAGCCGGGUUUUCCUGCUUGGAGUUCUCAGCUGUCUGGUGUUCUAAAGCAGGCGGCACUGUGAAAUUGAAUUGCUCAGCGUCUGCUAAAAUGAACACAGAAGCAGAGCAGCAGCUUCUCCAUCAUGCCAGAAAUGGCAAUGCUGAAGAAGUGAGAAAGCUGCUGGAGGCUGUGGAGCAGGCCCAAGUGGUUGCUGACCUUGACUGCAAAGGGAGAAGUAAGUCUAAUUUGGGCUGGACACCUCUUCAUCUGGCAUGCUAUUUUGGACAUAAACAAGUGGUCCAGGAUCUGUUGAAGGCUGGUGCAAAAGUGAACGUGUUAAAUGACAUGGGGGACACGCCACUGCAUCGAGCUGCCUUCACAGGACGAAAGGAGCUGGUAAUGCUUCUUUUAGAAUACAAUGCUGAUACUACCGUUGUAAAUGGGAGCGGACAGACAGCAAAAGAAGCCACCCAUGACAAAGAAAUCAGAAACAUGCUUGAAGCUGUGGAAAGGACUCAGCAAAGAAAGCUUGAAGAACUGCUUUUAGGAGCAGCUAGAGAAGGAAGAACAGCCGAAGUGUCAGCUCUGCUCAGCAGGCCCAAUCCUCCUGAUGUGAACUGUUCGGACCAGUUAGGAAAUACUCCUUUGCAUUGUGCAGCCUAUCGGGCCCAUAAACAGUGUGCCUUGAAGCUUCUGAGAAGUGGAGCUGACCCCAACCUGAAGAACAAAAAUGACCAGAAACCUCUUGACCUUGCCCAUGGUGCUGAAAUGAAGCAUAUUCUUGGUGGUAAUAAGCAGGUUGUCUACAAAGCACUGAAGCGCUAUGAAGGCCCUCUCUGGAAGAGUUCAAGAUUUUUUGGCUGGAAGUUAUUCUGGGUAGUACUAGAACACGGAGUCCUUUCCUGGUAUAGGAAACAGCCUGAUGCAGUCCAUAACACUUACCGCCAGGGGUGCAAACACCUGACUCAAGCGGUGUGCACGGUGAAACCCACAGACAGCUGCCUCUUCUCUGUCAGAUGCUUUGAUGACACUGUUCAUAGCUUCAGGGUUCCUAAGAACAGCCUACAGCAGUCAAGAGAGAAGUGGCUGGAAGCAAUCGAAGAACACUCUGCCUACAGCACUCACUACUGUUCCCAAGACCAGGUGACCGACGAAGAAGAGGAAGAUGCAGUUUCCGCCAUGGACCUGAAGGAGGCCUUAGCGAGAGCACAGACAUGUCAGCAGAGACUAGAUAGGGAAAUUUGCAACUUUCUCAAAAUGAUUAAGGAGUGUGAUGUGGCCAAAGAUAUGCUUCCGUCAUUUCUUCAGAAAGCUGAUGUUGUCUCCGAAGCUUCUAGAGACACUUGUGUGGCGUUGAGUGACUGCCUUAAUCUCUUUACUAAACAAGAAGGGGUGAGGAACUUUAAACUGGAACAGGAGCAAGAAAAAAACAAGAUUUUGUCAGAAGCGCUGGAGGCCUUAGCCACUGAACAUCAUGAACUAGAGCGGUCGCUGGUGGAAGGGUCCCUGCCUGUCAGUGUCCUCAGCGAGGAGGAGUUCUACGAUGCGCUGUCAGGUUCCGAGUCCGAGGGGUCCCUGACUUGCCUGGAAGCUGUGACUCCACACUCCUUUGAAGAGACUGAAGUGCCCGUGAGCAGUGGAAAACACAGAAUGUCUGAAGCAAAAGAUUGUGGUGGGGGAGAUGCGCUCUCCAACGGCAUCAAAAAGCACAGAACAAGCCUGCCUUCACCUAUGUUUUCCAGAAAUGACUUCAGCAUCUGGAGCAUCCUCAGAAAAUGCAUUGGGAUGGAACUGUCCAAGAUCACAAUGCCAGUCAUAUUUAAUGAGCCUCUGAGCUUCCUUCAGCGGCUAACUGAGUACAUGGAGCACACUUACCUCAUCCACAAAGCCAGCUCAUCUUUCGACCCUGUGCAAAGGAUGCAGUGUGUGGCUGCCUUUGCUGUGUCUGCUGUUGCUUCUCAGUGGGAGCGCACUGGAAAGCCCUUCAACCCACUUCUGGGAGAGACUUACGAAUUAGUUCGAGACGACCUUGGAUUUAGGCUCAUUUCAGAACAGGUCAGCCAUCACCCCCCAGUUAGCGCAUUCCACGCAGAAGGACUAAACAAUGAUUUCAUCUUCCAUGGCUCCAUUUACCCCAAACUGAAGUUCUGGGGUAAGAGUGUAGAAGCAGAGCCUAAAGGAACCAUCACCUUGGAGCUUUUGGAACACAAGGAAGCAUACACAUGGACAAACCCCACCUGCUGUGUGCACAACAUCAUCGUAGGCAAGCUCUGGAUUGAGCAGUACGGCAACGUGGAGAUCGUCAACCACAAGACUGGGGACAAGUGUGUGCUGAAUUUUAAGCCAUGUGGUCUUUUUGGCAAGGAAUUACACAAAGUUGAAGGCUACAUACAAGAUAAAAGCAAGAAGAAACUCUGCGCUCUCUAUGGAAAGUGGACUGAGUGCUUGUACAGUGUAGACCCCGCCACUUUCGACGCUUACAAAAAAAACGAUAAGAAAAACACGGAAGAGAAGAAGAACAGCAAACAGACAAGCUCAUCUGAGGAGUCUGAUGAAAUGCCAGUGCCAGAUUCUGAGAGUGUAUUUAUUAUCCCUGGAAGUGUGCUCCUGUGGCGGAUAGCCCCGCGACCUCCCAACUCUGCUCAGAUGUAUAAUUUUACCAGCUUUGCCAUGGUUUUGAAUGAAGUAGACAAGGAGAUGGAGAGUGUGAUUCCUAAGACUGACUGUCGUCUUCGGCCUGACAUCAGAGCCAUGGAGAACGGAGAAAUAGAUCAAGCUAGUGAAGAAAAAAAGCGACUUGAGGAAAAACAAAGAGCAGCUCGAAAAAACAGGUCCAAAUCAGAAGAGGACUGGAAGACAAGGUGGUUCCAUCAAGGUCCUAAUCCCUACAAUGGAGCACAGGACUGGAUUUACUCUGGCAGCUACUGGGACAGAAACUACUUCAAUUUGCCCGAUAUUUAUUAAAGUGCAGAGAAGUCAAGGUGUUUGGCUAAUCUAAAUAAGUCUUAAGCUUAAGUUUUUAAAUUUUUCCCCUUGGUUUCUACUCUAAUUUGCACUUCACCCUCCAAGGCAGGGCAUGUGGUCAAACUGGUGAAGGUCUUCGAAAACUGAGACAGUUUGCUCCACAGCUGCUUUCUUGGCGCACUGCUCAUGGAAAGUGAGAAGCAGUUGGGGGUGCUCUUUCUACCCCUACAUUGCUGCAGCCUGAAACCUACUAUAAUAUUCAGCUUUAUGGAAUUCUACAGUGAUCCAAAAAUCAAGUUAUUUUGAAUAUUUUUAUGCUAUAAUGCUUGAGAUUUUAGGUAUAGCUUUGAAAUGUUUAGAAUUCUUCUGUACAAUGUUAUGAGCUCAAAUAUAGAGGUUGUUGUUUUACAAAAACUUUAGGGAAAUUAGUCUGUUUUACUUUCCCAUCUCGGGGGGGGGGGGUAGGGGCAGAAUCAGGAAUUCCUGAUUUGAAAACUCUAAACUGGAAAAGGUAUUUACUUAUCUUAGUGCUCUAAAUUUACUUUCAUAUCCUGUGAUCACCGUCAUUAGAAUUUACAGGGUUAAAAUGUAUGUUUGAAUUGAAAAUCACAAAAAUACCCUAGAAGUAGAUUUUACUCAACACUGUUACCUAAUGACAUUAAGCUGCACUCAUGUAUUAUAAUCUAUGAAUGGCAGGGUCUUGGAGACAUACUGUGCAGUAGUUCUGCCCCGUUAAUUGGGGUAAUCUCAUAGUAUUAUCCACCCAAACUCCAGACUGAGAUUCUUGCCCUAAAGGGCCUUAGGUAGCUUCCAGUAAGUUAUGUUAAUUGUCUUGAAGUUAACAAGUGUUAUAACGAUGCUAAAUAAAGGCUUUAGAUUAAAAAAAAAAAAAAAAACAAAAAACGUGUGAAUGCUUUUAGACUUUCACCUAACACUAUCUUUAAUUAUCAACAGUGUCCCCAGGGCCAUAAUAUGAAGUGGGCAGUUAGAGUGAGGGACAAUGUUAAGGAAGUUUGUAUACCUGCUAAGUUACUAAAACAACAAUGCAAAGUUUUAUGCUUGCAGGAAGUUUAUUGAUACAGUUCACGUGGUGACAGACUCCACCUCGAAUGCUGAAUCAAACAGCAUCAUUUUCAGCAUCUGUUAAUGAAGAGACAUUGAACUGUUUAAAUAUCAUGAUGAGUGAAAUCUGAUCUACAUUCUUGCUGUUGGCAUUUCCUGCUGAGGCCAGCUUUUGACAACACAAGGUUGCUGUGAUUAAAUUCGCGGCCACACAACUGAAAUGCCACCGUCAGCGCCCAGAAUCACAGUGGCUUUAGUGUUGGGCAGAAGCAGGAAGCCUCAUGCCUGGCAGCCCUUCACUUACAGUGGUGUCUCCACAUGUUCUACUCACCCCACUGCCCACACUGAAGGGAAAGCCCAACUGAAUAAAAAAACUGAGUGAUAGAAAGCCCAAUUGAAUAAAAUUUUGAUAAAAGUUCA